UUGGUUGGUUUUCUCGUCGCUUAUGUGCGUAGUGAGUGCUCGACGAAGAUUGAAACAGAAGUAGGAAAACGCACAUACAAUUAAAAUAAGAUGACUUUUUCUCUCUUCGGUUCGUUGUGAUUGCAUACAGAAGUUGAAUUUUAGUUUAAUUUUUUUUACAAUGAAAAUAGUGAAUCGAUUCCAAAAUACACACCGAUAAGUUAUACUAGAGCUAACAAGGAGACACCACAACAGCCAAAACAACAACAACAAAAACUAAUAAAAAAAAUAAGGGAAAAGUGAACGGAGUGUGUCGUGAAAAAUAAAAAAAAAAUCGGUGUAGAAGGAAAAAACACGGACCCACUAAUCAUUUUCAUUCGGUAUACUGAUUUGGUUGGAAUUCGUUUAUGUAUUAUCUUCUACGUAUUCUUCCAAAUGCGGGUUCCUAUAUAAUUUACGGACUAUUUGCUUAAAUCCACGGCUGAAUAAAAAAACAAUUAGCUCGUCUUAUUAUAAAACAUUCACAUUUUAAUUCACGCUAUUCGCGCAAUUGACCUCCGUCUCCCGCUAAAUAAAUCCCGGUGUUUUGCACGAAAAUGCUUCAAUGUCUAAAUAAAACAAUACGAUAGACCAAAAAAUUGUACAAGCAAAUUAAUUUUUGAUUUAGGUAAUAUCGAAUACCAAAUAUUGAAAUUAAAUAUAUUAUAUAUUUAAAAACAACAACAAGUGACAUAAAAUUACGAACUUAAAUCAAAAUUCGAGCAAGACAGAAAAAAGAAAAAUCGCGUGUGAGUGUUUAUAAAUGUGAAUUUCAUUGAAUGAAAAAAGACCAACGAUCACGCGAAUUAUUAUACAUCUCUAUUUUGUGCAAAGUGAAUAGAGAGCAGAUCGACGAAAAGGAGAAUGAUGUUAAAUCUGGAUUAGAAGUGCAAUUUUUUAAAUGAUUGAAGCGAAAACAAUUAAUUCAACAACCGGAGGAGCUUAAAGUAGAAGGAUAGAUAUAUAUGAUUGAGUUUGUUGUUGAUCAUCUCAAUACUCGUCGUGUGUGCUAUUCAAAGAGAUUGUAUGUAUGCAUGAGUGUGAAUGUGUUAGGUGCGUGUAAGUCUGUAUGAAAGCGAGACUGUAUACACGGCUUGUGAGUGUUUGAGUAGUGUAUUGAUAGAAUUGGUGGAGUUGUUGCAUUUUUUUCCAUUUCUUCUUCGAGUAACGGAAAAAAGUAAAAAAAAGCCAAAACAAAAAUAAUAUAAAGUGCUUCAUCAUAAAUCUCAAGUGCUUGUCGUCUGCGAAGCAGUCAGUCCCCCCAAAGUAAACGAGCGAUUUAAAAAUGGUUUCAACACGGCAAAUGUCUAUAACUACCAUCGGUCCUGAAACAGGAUCGUCGGGAGUGAAUACACACAACGGAUCGAGUCGAAUGACGUCUAAUUCACUCAGUCACCAAAGCACCAAUAACUCAACAUCACGUCAACAACAAUCGAACACCAACUCGGCUAAUAUCGAUUCAACUCACUCCAAUACUGAUGCUAUUGUUCCGGCAUACCAAAUACAACUAACAGAUUUGCCGUUGGAGAUUUUUGAGCGAAUCUUCCAAUACACCGGCUACAAGGAAGUGUCGAACAUGCGAUUGGUUUCAACUCAUACAAAUCAAAUUUGUAAGACAAUUUUAAAUUCAACAUUCACAAAACUGCAAACACAAUUGAUAAGACGUUUUGAAAAUAUAAAAAAAAUCAUGCCCAGAAGAGAAUCAGCUCGGCGAGCGCAUCCAUUGUACUACGAAUGUGAUAUCAUUGAGACAUGCUGUAUGCGUUUAUCAUUGUUGCAAAUGACAUUUGGUCGGUACAUUGAGCACAAACAUAUAUGCUUCUUUCCGGGCGCAUUUCUUGAUGAAGUUUACAACGUAUUGAAUGAUAUCCGAACCACACCAAAUUUAGGUCGUCCAUUUAAAGUAACCGAAGAGUUGAUAGAUCUAUCAACGAUGGCUAUGGAAUAUUUUAAAGAUCAUUUGGAGCCAUCAAUGCCACAAUUUUUUGGCAAAAGUUCGACUGCAACACGUGCAGCAUCAAAAAAUUGUUUUGUAUUUGACACAUCAUCAACAUCAUCAGCAAAUUCAGUGUCCAUAUCAACAAGAUCGAGCCAAUCUAGUUCGAUGCCAUCACCACCCCAAAGUAAUAUGGUUUUGCGCAAAGGCAUACGAAAAAUUAAACAAGGAAUGAAAAAAUACAAUAAUCAAUUGUCUGUUCUGCGCACCGAUUUACGUUUCUGCAAGCGAAAAUCAACGGAUCAAGCAAAGCAAAUCACCGAAUUACAAAAUAUGUUGGCCGAACAGCAAAAGCAAACGCUCGAAUACUUAAAUCGGUUGGAUGAAAAUGAUAAAAAAAGUGAAGAAAUGUCAUCAAAAAUCUCGACAUUGUUACAAGAAUUGAAUAAGUGUAAAAAUGAAUUGCAUUAUUAUCGGUCAAAAAGUCCAGCCACCCCGAUCUGCAAUAAUUGUGGUCAAACCACUAAUUUAACCAUACCACCGGGAAAUUUGUUAGCAUUAAUGAAAAAUAGUAAUAUCAAUAGUAGCCGUGAUGAGAUAAUCAAUGUCAUAGGUAAAUGUAGUAAUUUUGAAUCGGAAUCGAAAGUACAAAGCCAUGAGUCAAGCAUCUCAGAAGAUCUCACAGUUGGAGCAGCAGCGACAGCAGCAACAAUGCCCAAAACAAAUACAAUCAAUUCAAUGAUGUUAAUGCACUCUGAUGACAAUAAGUAUGCAACGAUUGCAUUGGACGAUUCAAAAACCAUAUCGUCCAUGGGUUUAUCGAUACCAGCCGAAACAACAUCGGAACCGAUAAGUCCAACGAUUAAUCCAAUGUCAUCAUCGUCAAGUGCUGGUGUAACAAAUAUCACAACGCCAAUCAAUUGCAAUGGUUAUAUCGAUAGUCUCGAAAAGCGAUUGAAAUUGGCACGGCACAAGGCCAAUCAAAAUAUGAACGAAUGGCGAUGUUCGUCUUAUGAUAAAACGAAUUUUAUCGAAAAUAGUUUAGCAUGUGAUUCGACACAGACGACAAUAACAACAUCAUCAUCGUUGAUUGCACAAUCAUUGCCCACAGCACCAGCCUCAGGAGCACCAUCAAUUGAACAACAACAACAACAACCAACUAAACAAAAACCAAUCAACGGCAGCAACAACAGCGUAACCGUGUUACGAUUUUAUGGCAAACGUAAAUUGGAUGAUAGCACAACACUUCAAUCAACCAAUGAUGCGAUACUGAAUAUGCCCGGCAGCGGCGGCGAUGGAAUGGACAAUCCAAUGGCAAUUUGCAAAUCCAAUGCUAUGGCCACCAAUAAUCUUGCCAAUUCUAAUUUAAGUGAUAACUAUAAUAAGAAAGCACGAAGAGUACAAAAUAAAACACGCAAUAAGUAAACAAAAAAAAAUAUAAAAUAAAAUUUAAAUACGGAUUUGUGACUGCGCGUACACAAUACUUACACAAUUUAUUCACAAUAAAUGAAGAAUUGAAGAAAAACAAAGAGAUCAAGAGUUUUCGAAAAAGAUGAAAAUUUAUAUAUGAAAAAGAAAAAAAAUGAUAUGCUAAUGAGAAUGUGAACAAAAACAAACGAUAUUUAAAUGAAGCCAUUGUCAACAUUGAGCUAAAUAACAAAUUUUAUCAUAUGAUGUGACAUCAAGAAAAGAAAAUUAGAAUUCAACUAUUCGUAUAGUUCUAUCAUACAAAGCGACAAUUAACAAUUAUGUCUAUUGAACUAAAUAUUUGAAAUAUAAUUUAAUUCAUCCCGUUAUUAUUCUUCUUUUUUUGUUGUUUUAAUUUUAUUUCAAAGCAAAUCAAACCCACACCGCUGAACCUCAAUCGUUCGGUGAAACGAGUCAAUUCAAACUCAAACUGUACGUGCAUAAUUCAAAUGAAAAUCAUUUGGGAGAGAUAUUGUUUCUCGUCAGUAAAUAUUCGGUUUCGAUUGUGUCGUAUCACUUCUUGUCAAUAAUCAUUCCACACAAUCACCAAAUCCCUUUAAAUUGUCUUUCACUCUGUCUCUGACCGACAAAAGAAAAUAGACAAACAUGAACUACUCAUAAUAUUAGAGCAUUAGACAUUUGUGUAGCGAGAUUUUUUCAAGAAAUUUAAAUAUAUAUUGCAAGAAGAUAUGAAUCUGUUAAGCAUUUUUCAAACUAUCUAUAUUCGUACUUUUGUAGUGAUCAUUUUUUUGCCUGUACGUUUUGGCUUUUGCUGUUUAGAGAUGAAAAAUAAAACAAAGCAAGUAAUUAAACAACAAAUAAACAA